CAGUUGUGAGGUCAGUUAUGUACGUGCGACAUACGAAAACGUUUUCCGGAUGGUUGUGUGAUCACUCUUAUUUUGCUCUAGUGUUUAUCACGUUUUGCGUUUAUUUUCUUUAAGAAACAUUUUCAAUUGUAAUUGUGGAUAAGCAUAUUUAUAAUUAAUACAUCACAAAACAUUGUUAGUAUACUAGGCAUAUAAAAAUGAAGAGAGUAAAACCGAAAAAUGCAGAAACCAAAAAGUCAACAAACACAUCCAGAAUAAAAAACGUAUCUACCCAGACCAUGAAUUUUGAUAUGUACACUGAGGUCACCAAGUUGCAAGAACAAGUUAAACUUCUACAACUUGAAAAUGAUGUUCUCAAACAACAUGUAUCAAUCUCUACAAAAUCUGUUAAUAUUAAAGUAACUACUUGCGGAUGUAAAGGUAAUUGUGCAUCAAAAAGAUGCAGUUGCGUCAAGAAAAAUAAUAAAUGCACGGCAUCAUGUGAAUGCAACAGUGAAGUUUGUCAAAAUCAGAAAUUAGAAGAUCAAAGACAAGAAAUAGAUCAGAAAGAUAAAGAGAAUAUUUUUUUGAAUGGUAUGAAUACUCCAAAGAAGCCAGAGGAGUUAACACAGAAUAAAGAUGUUAUGACAACAAAAAACAUUUUAGCAAGUGACAAAAUUGCAAAUGACAAGAUAGACCAGUUUAAUCCAAUGAAACCGAGACAUCAAUUAUCACGUACACCUCCAACAAAGAACACUAUAAAACUUGAAGAUAAAAAUCACAUUGAUAAGAAUACACAACAAUCAAAGUUGUCUAGAUCACCUCAAAUAUUAGUUGCAUCAUUUAAUAUCAAAAGAAAUCAUGAAGAUGUGGAAGACAAAGUUGAUUGGGAGCAACAUGUGGCACAACUGGUUCCUUGCAAAAAAUGCAAUAGAUCCUUCAUGCCAAAUAGAAUCCAGAAACAUGAAGCCUGUUGCAAGAAAAUUUAAGUACAUCAUUAUUCGGAUGUGGAUAUUAUUAGCCCAAUUUCAUCUGAAUGAAAUUGUGUCAAAAAUACGAAUAAUAUAAUAGGUGCAGUAUAAGCAGUAUAAGCAGAAUACCUUACACUGAAGCAUCCUGAAGAUGUCUAAUAAAGUCUAAUGAAGAUGUUUAAUGUUACAAUGAAAAAUGAAUGAAAAAGA